GGUAUGUUUGUAGCUUCUGAUCAGGAUGGCUCUGGCCCGGAGAGGACUUCUUUUAGUUCUCCUCUCAUUAAUACAUCAUGGAAACUGUUCUGCAACUGCUAAAGACUUGAUUACAAUUGCUGGACCUCUUAGAAGUAACAUCGAGGGCCUCCACAAUGAAGCAAGGCCAUUUGAUGUGUUUGAUUGCCACGAAAACGACGUACAGGAGAUGAGAGAGCAGAUUUUGGUUCUGCAGAAAUAUGGCGUGACCCACUACAAGAUACAUUUAGAAGAGAUCUCCAUGGUCAAGGGUGACGGUCAAGUACAGUGUUACAGGAGCCUUCUCCAGGUCCUGGCUGAGGCUGGGAUCAAACCUUUAGCAGUAUUGCAUAGUGGAGAUGGGCUAUCCAUCCGCCAUACUACUGAGCACAAUACGUAUGUAGACUAUGCUGACUUUGCCUUCCGCACGUUCGGGGACUUGGUCCACACUUGGAUCACCUUCGAUAUCCCCAAACAUGAGAAAACUGUCUCUUUAAAGGAUCUGCUGCAAGAACAUGUGAAGAUAUCCAGCUUAUACCGCAGCAAGUACUCAACAACUGGUGGACAGCUGUCAAUUGCUGCAGAUCCAGCCCUUGUGGACGUAUUACCUACAAUUCAAGAACAUUUCUUGGAGUCAGUGGAUUUCCUGGCACUAAACCUGGAAUAUAAUUGCCAGGACUCUAACCUACUGCCAACAUGGACAGCCUAUAAGAACCUGAAGAAGAAUCUAAAGGUUUUAGUCUUUGGUUUAACCCUUUCAAGCUGUAAUGUCAAUCUGCAGAGCGGUAAAAAUCUUAUGGCAUUAAACAUACACACAGCUAUAACUGGGACAGGCGCCACCUUCUUGGGAUACGAUGUCAACAAUCUCCUCCCUGUAUCUUCAGGUAAAGUAGGAUCACAGAAGCAGCUGGAUAGAUCUUCACGAUCGGCAUUCACCACUGUUUGGGAGAAGUUUGCCAACCAGACACCAGCUGAGCGUGAUGCCUUCUUAUCGGAAAGAUUCCCUGGUGGUGUUUUGUGGGGUUCUUCUUCUGCUGCCUUCAAAGUUGAAGGUGGCUGGACUGAGGGAGGAAGAGGACAGUCUAUAUGGGAUGUGUUUGGAGAACAAGGCAAUGCUCAAGACAAUGCCACUGGAAAUGUGGCCGCUGACAGCUACAAUAAGAUUGACUAUGACAUAUCCCUCCUAAAAAGUCUACAGACUAAGGUCUACUACUUCUCCAUCUCCUGGUCCCGAGUCUUUCCAACGGGGCGAAAGUCCUCAGUUAGCACAUAUGGGGUGAAAUACUACAAUAAACUGAUUGAUAGAUUAAUAGAAGAAAAUAUCACACCGAUUGUGUCACUGUACCACUGGGAUCUGCCCCAGGCUUUGCAGGAGACAGGUGGCUGGCAGGAUGAAGCCAUCAUUGACGCCUUUGAGGAAUAUGCCGAUUUCUGCUUUAGCAGUUUUGGAGACCGUGUGAAGAUUUGGAUAACCUUCCAUGAACCCUGGGUGGUCAGUUAUGCAGGUUAUGGCACCGGAGAGCAUGCCCCUGGGAUUAAAGAUCCAGGGAACGCCUCAUUUAAGGUUACCCAUAAUAUUGUGAAGGCUCAUGCAAGGGCCUGGCAUGUCUUUGAUGAAAAGUACCGUGCUGAGCAAUUAGGAGCGGUGGGCAUCUCUCUGAAUUCUGACUGGGCAGAGCCGGCUAACCCCAAUGACCCAGAAAGUGUGAGCGCUGCAGAGCGAUAUGUCCAGUUCAUGCUGGGGUGGUUUGCUCAUCCUAUUCUGUUGAAUGGAGACUACCCUGAGGUUCUGAAGACACAGGUAAACCAGAAGAACACCCAGUGCCCCACCAUAGUGGCUCCAUUGCCCACCUUUACUGAAGCGGAGAAAAGCUAUAUUUUAGGUACUGCAGACUUCAUUGGGAUCUCACACUACACAUCCCGACUGGUCAAUGUCUCUAGCAGCUCUGUUUGUGAGUCCAGCUAUGAAAACAUUGGUGGGUUUACUACACACGUGGAUCCAUCCUGGCCAACCACGGCCUCUCCAUGGAUCUCAGUGGUGCCAUGGGGCCUCAGGAGGCUUUUGAAUUUUGUCAAGGAAGAGUAUGGGAAAGCAGUAGUGGCAAUAUUCAUAACUGGCAAUGGAAUGCCAACAUCCACUACAGGAGAUGUAUUCAAUGACACAUCCAGAGUGCAGUACCUGACCUCCUACAUCAAUGAAGCUCUUAAAGCAUUCAAUUCUGACGGUGUAGUUAUAAGAUCCUACAUAGUCCGGUCCCUCUUGGAUGGCUUCGAGGGCCCUGAGGGAUACAGCCAGAGGUUUGGCUUACAUCAUGUUGAUUUCCAAAACCCAAAUAGACAACGUACCCCAAAAGCAUCUGCCUAUUCAUACGCCUCAAUUAUUGCAAACAAUGGCUUUCCUAGCUUAAAAGCUGACAAAAAGUUUCCAAGUGAAAAGUGGCUGCAGUCUGAAAAAUUGGCUCCCCAGCCAGCGUCGGAGGUUCCUUCAAAAGCAAAAGUUGUGUGGGAGAAGUUUUCAGGGCAGACAGCCUUUGAAAGAGACAUGUAUCAUUUUUCAGCUGUUCCAGGAGAUUUUAAAUGGGGGGUUUCAACGUCAGCCUACCAGGUGGAAGGAGCAUGGAAUGAAGAUGGAAAGGGGCCCAGUAUUUGGGACACAUUUACACAUGUACCUGGAAAUACAUUUGCAAAUGACAAUGGGGACAUAACAUCUGACAGUUACCACCAGCUAGAUGCAGACUUGUACAUGCUUAGAGGCUUAGGAGUGAACAGUUACCGUUUCUCCAUCUCCUGGUCUAGAAUAUUUCCAACUGGACAAGGCACGCCCAAUGACAAAGGUGUUGACUACUACAACAGACUCAUUAAUGGUCUACGAGCAAGUAACAUUUCUCCAAUGGUGACCCUCUACCACUUUGAUCUUCCCCAAGCUCUCCAAGAUUUGGGUGGCUGGGAGAAUGACGCUGUGAUUGAAGCCUUCAAUGACUAUGCUGACUUUUGCUUUAGGACAUUUGGAGAUAGGGUCAAGUUCUGGAUGACAUUCCACCAACCCUACACCAUUGCAACAGCUGGGUAUGGGACUGGUAUACACCCACCUGCAGUAAAAGACCCUGGCUAUGCUCCAUACAGAAUAGGUCACAACUUGUUGAGAGCCCACGCCAAAGUCUACCAUACUUAUGAUGAUAAUUAUCGAGGAAGCCAACAAGGUGUGAUCUCAUUAAGCCUCAACACAAACUGGGCGGAACCCAAUGACCGAACAGACCCAAAGGACAUUGAAGCUGCUGACCGUUACCUGCAGUUCGCACUGGGGUGGUUUGCUCAUCCCAUCUUCAUAAACGGUGAUUACCCUGAGGCCAUGAAAUGGCAAGUCUCCAACAAGAGUGAGCUACAGGGUCUUUCAUCCUCCAGACUUCCAACUUUUACAGAUGAAGAGAAGACCUAUAUCCAGGGCACAGCUGAUGUUUUCUGUAUUAACAUCUACACCACCAAAAUAGUUCAACAGAAAAUUCUCAGCCCGCACCCCCCAUCUUUCAGUACUGAUAUUGACAUUGUAGAAAGAUUCGAUGAUAGUUGGCCUACCACAGCCUUUUUUGAUGUUUACAGGGCAGUAGCUUGGGGAAUGAGAAGGCUGCUUAAUUGGGUUAAAGAAGAGUACGGAGAUGUUCCAAUCUAUGUCACUGAAAGUGGACUUUCAAUGGACAGUAACCCAGAUUUUGAUGACAUUGCCCGAAUAGAAUAUUACAAGACCUACGUUGAUGAAGCCAUGAAAGCUUACAGCAUAGAUAGUGUCAAUCUAAAGGGUUACUGUGCGUGGUCCCUAAUGGACACCUUUGAGUGGGAACAAGGAUACCGACUCCGGUAUGGACUUCAUCAUGUGGAUUUCAAUAAUCCCAAUCGCCCAAGGACAGCCAAGCGCACAGCCAUUUAUUACACUGAGGUGAUACGCAACAAUGGAAUACUACAGUCUAGAGAUGAUGAAUUCCUGUAUGAUGAAUUUCGCCCUGACUUCGCUUGGGGUGUGGCCUCCUCUUCUUAUCAGAUUGAGGGAGCCUGGAGAGCAGACGGGAAAGGGAUUAGCAUCUGGGACCAAUUCUCACACACAGAGUCAAAGAUUGUAGAUGGAGGAACUGGAGAUGUAGCGUGCAGCAGUUAUUACCGCAUUGAUGAAGAUGUAGAGAUGCUGAAGAGUCUGAAGGUCACCCACUACCGCUUCUCCAUCUCCUGGCCGAGAGUUCUCCCAGACGGUACAAAAAACUUUGUGAAUGAACCAGGGAUCAAUUACUACAGUCGUCUGAUUGAUACCUUAUUGAAUGCCGGUAUUACUCCCCAGGUGACAAUGUAUCAUUGGGACCUGCCACAAGCUCUGCAGAAUGUAGGUGGCUGGGAAAAUGAAACUAUAGUGGAGAGAUUUAGAGACUACUCGGAAGUGCUGUUCCAGAGACUGGGGGACAGAGUGAAGUUCUGGAUCACCCUCAACGAGCCAUAUAUCAUUGCCUAUCUCGGAUACGGAGAAGGCUCAUUUGCACCCGGAAUUUACUCCCCCGGUGUUUCGGUGUAUGUGGCAGGACACAACUUGAUAAAGGCUCAUGCUGAGGCCUGGCACUUGUACAAUGACAAAUACAGAGCCACACAGGGGGGACAAAUCGCCAUCACCAUCAACUGUGACUGGGCCGAACCCAUCAACCCAUACAAGCAGGAAGAUGUGGAUGCGGCACGAAGAUACUUGCUGUUUUUUGCUGGUUGGUUUGCAUACCCAAUAUUCAAAACAGGCGAUUACCCUGAAGUCAUGAAGACCCAAGUGCGGGAGAGGAGCCUUGCCUUUGGAUUGCCUGAAAGUCGUUUGCCAGAGUUCACAGAAAGUGAGAAGCAAAGGAUUAAAGGGACAUACGAUUUCUUUGGCCUUAACCACUACACUACAGCACUGGCGGCGCGAGCUGUCUAUGAUUUAGAUUACCAGGCUUACCAAGGAGACAGAGAAGUCUACCUACUGAGUGACCGCACCUGGCUUGGGUCAGGCAGCGUCUGGCUAAAGGUGACUCCUUUUGGCCUGCGAAGGUUAUUAAACUGGUUAAAGGAGGAAUUCAACAACGUCCCCAUCUAUAUAACUGAGAACGGAAUAUCUGAACAAGGGACAAACUUGAAAGACGUAUGGAGAGAACAUUACUACAGAUAUUAUAUCAACGAGGCCAUGAAAGCUGCCAAACUGGACGGGGUGGACCUGCGUGGGUACUCAGCUUGGAGUCUCAUGGAUAACUUUGAGUGGGCUAGUGGUUACGCAGAACGCUUUGGUUUGUACUACGUGAACUUCUCGGACCCGGCUCAGCCUCGCAUUCCCAAGGAUUCUGCCAAAUACUACAGAUCCAUUGUUAGGUGUAAUGGUUUCCCCAAUCCCCGGAAUAUCUCUCAUCCUUGUUUCCAACCAGAGAAUUGGCCUGGAGAUACAACCACCAGCACAUCAAGCACCGGCAGCACCGGCAGCACCACCAGGAAUACUCAGACAAUCGGCAGCCCAGAACCCACCAAGAGAACAGAAUCCGUCAGUUUCCUGGGAUUGGACAUCUCUAUGAAAGAUGCCUCCACUGCCUUGUACGUGGAGUUUGCCCUGCUACUCGCUUCUGUCUUGGGCAUUAUUUUAUCUAUUGUGAUGUACAUUAAAAAAGGCAAAAAGGCAGUUAAAACUGAAACAUUCUAACUGUGUUACUAAUGUAUAAUGUAUAGUGUUAUAUAAAAGAUCUUCCUGAAUGGCCUGAAAUAAACUGACUCCAAACAAAUA